UCCUUAUUGACAUGAAACCGUAUACAUUUCUUUUACUUUAACAAAUAGCUUUCAAACUAAGAGGGGCAAUGAAUUGCUUUCUGGUUAACCUGAUGAUAUUUUACAUUCUCUCUUCAGUGGCUACCCUGGAUGUGGAAGUCAGCCCAGCAGUUUUCAAUGCCACGAUUGGUGAAGAAGUCCUGCUAAAUUGCUUAUUUUCUCACACCACCGAGUUUGACUUGAAGUACAUUGUGAUUGAAUGGAACCAGAGAACAGGAGAUAAUGAAAAGGCUAUUUGUCUGUUCGAUUUUGGGGAAUAUGAAAGCUACAGACCUGGAUCAAGUCUCUCCUUAAAUGAAAUAAGCAAAGGAAAUGCUUCUUUACUCCUAAAAAAUGUUACUAUUAGUGACAUUGGAUCAUACUCCUGCACUGUUACAAUAUUUUCUGAUAAAAAGGUGGGGAGAGUCACUUUGUCAGUUACAGCACCUCCUGCAGUUUUGGUAAACACCAUAAAUAUUACUAUUGAACCAGGUGAAGAUAAAGCAAUUAUUUGUGAGAUGCAAAACUUUUAUCCAGAGAACCAUUCUGUCACUUGGUUAAAAAGUGGCUCAAAAGACAGUGGACACCAAGUUGAUAUUACUUCCCAAGCGGUUUCAGGAAUACCUCAACAAAAUCAAGACGGGACAUUUAAUCUGAUUUCAUUCCUAAUCAUCAAAGGCAACCAAACAGAUGACGGAUCUUUUUAUAUCUGUGAAGUCAGUCAUGAAGCUUUAAAAACACCACAACAAAAAGUUGUUCGUUUGACCAUAAAGGGCUCCAAGCUAACUAGCAGGUCAGGAAUACUUCUCACAGUCGUUUUGACUUUUCUGAUCACAGCAGUUGUCUGCUUUGGAACAUGUCUUUUCUACAAUAAAAGAACAGAUACUCCCAGAGUUACAAAUAUCAUUAAGUCAAAUCAUUGGAACCCGGACAAUCCACUUUCUCUUGCUUGUGCAGUUUUCUGGUUCAGACCAAAAGCAAUUGUUAUCUCUUGGUACAGGAAGGAAGUGGGCAAAUUCCAGAGAGUCCUCAUUGGUAAAUGGGACAGCACUUCACAUUGUGCAGACAGGAGGACAGAAGGGUAUUUUCAGAAUGAACAGGAACAAGAUGAAAUGUUGUUCACAGAGGGAGAAUAUGAUAUUACUGUGGCUUUGCAAAAUCACAAAGGAAGUGGAACAUACAGUUUAAUAUCUCAACUCACCUUCACAUGUGCAGGAGCUGCAAAAAGAAUGCAGACGUAUUAUUUCGAUGUCCAGCAUUACUCUCUGAAGCAAACCAUUUCAAAAUCAAUUGUUGUAGAAAUAGAAGGUGUUGGUGACAAUAUUGGAUAUUUUCCAACACAAAUGAAGCGCAAAGACUGGGCAGUGCAAGCAAUUGAAGAAGGGCGUCGCACUGUAGUUAACUACAUCAGUCCAAACAUCCUUCCACUCCUAAAUAUUUUAAUGGAGAAGAAAAUGAUCUCUGAAAAUGAUCGGAGUGAUGUAAAAGCUAAGCCAGACAUCGACAAAGGACGAACUCUUCUGGACAUGAUGAGCCACAGAGGACAGCAGGCUUGUGCUCAAUUCUUCAAUAUACUACAGGACACUGAUGACCUUUAUCCUGGCAUCAGAAGUUAUAUAACAUCACUUUUGGAAUCCUACACUGAGAAAGAUGAUAGGCCUAUUAUUGAUCUUCUCCAUGAAGACGUAUCAACUGUUUUAUUGGAGGUCAACAAUGAAAAAUCCAGAAUAAACAAUAUUCCUGAAGAAAUCUUUAAAGCAGUAGCUGAACAUAAGAACAUAUUAAAAGCACAAAUGGAGAGAAUAAAACCAUACUUUGCAUUUGAUAACUCCAGACCAUUGUUGCAGGAACAUUUUACCAGCCUAGUUAUUCUCAAUGUCCAAGAAAGAAACAAAACUGAACAUGAGCUCCUGCAGCACAGAGACUAUACAGCCUGUGAGCGGACAGAUUUGAAGCAGCUUCUUUCACCAUCUGCGCCUGGGAAACCACCACCACGAGUUACUCUAGUGCAGGGAGUGGCAGGUAUAGGAAAAAGCGUUAUGAUGCAGAAGCUUGCCCACAGUUGGGCAUGUGGAACAAUUUACACUGGAUUUUAUAUGUUGCUGUAUUUCAGUUUCAGAGAGUUAAACACAAUCACUGAGAAAAUCAGUCUGACUGAGCUUAUCAUAUGUAGUUAUCCUCAUUUGACAGUAUCAUGCAAAAAACUCCUGGAAUUUUCUGCUGGAAUUCUAUUUCUACUUGAUGGAUUGGAUGAAUUCAAAUGGUCUCUUGAAUUUAAUGUUGAUUCAGUUGAUUGCCCAUCCAUUGCUCAACACAUUAACCAUUUGAUUGUAAGCAUCAUAAAGGGAGAUCUCCUUCAUGAUGCAACUGUUCUUAUCACAUCCCGCCCAACCUCAAUUGAUUUGGAGCACAAAACCCAUUUUAAUCGAUGUGCUGAAAUUUUAGGGUUUUCCAGGAAAGAAAUUGCAGCAUACUUUCUGAAGUGCCUCAAGGAUAAAAAUGUUGCUGAUCGUGUCUUUCAAACAGUGAAGAGCAUCGAUUCAUUGUAUGGGCUCUGUUAUGUCCCUGCAUUUUGUGACAUCUUGUGCUUCUAUCUCCGUAAAUCCUUUCACUCUACAGGCAAGUGGUCCAAUCUGUCUUCAUUUCCCAGGACAAUCACAGAUUUGUUCCUCCGAUUCACCAAGUGCUUACUAGGCAGUACCAAUGGUGAGGAAGACUCUGAGUCUUUCUACAUAGAAGAUGAAGACAAGAAUGAGAUUAUUAACUUGGCACAACUUGCAUGGGAUGGAGUCAUCAAUAAAACAAUAAUAUUUUCAUCUAAAGACAUUGAAAGGAACAUCUCUCAAAAGGCCAAAGUGAAAAAAUCCUUCUGGAAGAAAAUUCUCACCAAAGAGAGCCUAGAAAUGAUGCAUUCUCACAUUUGGCAGUUUUUCCAUUUAACUCACCAGGAAUUUUUUGCAGCACUCUAUUGUAUUUCUGGUGUGGAUCAUGUGCACAAAGCCUUCAGUUCAAAGGGCAGCACAUUUGAGAUUGUGCUAAGGUUCACUGCUGGCCUAGUCUCCCGCAGCAAUAGAAAACUUGUCAAACAGUUGGUGCCUGAACACCAAGUUAGAGAAAGAGAAGUCUUUGCAGCUAUUGAAAAUGCUGCUGCUGUUGAUGUUCCAAAAGAAGACAAAUUAACUCCUGAAAAUAUCAAAAAAUAUACAGCACACAAAAGACAAAAACUAACAGCCUCUCAUUGUCUGUAUGAAGCAGCAAAUGAAGAUCUAACAAAACUAGUUGCUUCCCAAACAAGUGACAUUGUAAAUUUUUCUUACAUCUCUUUGAAUGUGACUGAUUGCACUGUAAUUGCAAACCUUCUUUCAUUUCACACAACCAUUGAAGCACUGGAAUUGGAUGGGUGCAAAGCUGGAGCUCCUGGUUUCCAAAGAUUGAAGUCUGUUUUCUCCAGAGUUAAAACGCUGAGUUUAGAGGGAAACAUGCUGGAGGAUGAAGGAGCAGAGAUUAUUGGCGAUGCGCUCAAAAAUGAAACAUGUAGAAUAGAAACCUUAAGGUUAAAGCACAACUCCAUAGGGGAGAAGGGGGCUGCACAAAUUGCAGAAGCUUUGAAAACAAACAGCAGUCUGAAAAUACUGGGAUUGAGAGCAAAUGUUGUCAAAGCCAAAGGUGCCCAGUUAAUGGCCGAGGCCCUGGAAGUCAACACCACUCUCAGAGUUUUGGGCUUGCAAUGUAACAAGAUUGGCGAUGAAGGCGCAAUGUACAUGGCACGAGCAGUUGAAAGAAAUUGCAGCUUGGUUGAAUUACGACUUGGAGAUAAUGAAAUCACUGACAAAGGGAGUGAUUACUUUAGAAGUGCUUUAGAAGUGAAUGGUACACUUGAAGAAUUGUGGAUUUUGGUGAAUAACAUAUCGAGUGCUGGAAAGGAAAGAUUGAAAAAUGCCAGGCAUAAAAACCUAGAUCUUCAAUUGAAUUAAUUUUGUAGAAUAAAGUAUAGCUAAGUUUGUUGUAGAACCUGGCACUUAGAGGUUUCUGCUGCAAGAUGCAAAGCAUAGCCUAUUGAGUCUGUGUGCUUUCGUCUAAAUCUCCAGAAGCAAACUUGGGUGUACGGACCUGUCACCUGACUAACCUUGACUAAUCAUUCUAACAGUACUCUUAAAGCAUUAAAUGUAAUGAAAAAUAAGCUAUUUAGUAUUAAAAUAACAAUGGUAAAUGCACUAUUUUAAUGACACUAACAUUGCAUCAAGCUAAAAUUUCAGAAGUUUUAAUCAGUGCAAAUAUGCUGUAUUGACUCAGUGCUACGGAGUCCAAUUUACAGAAAUUCUGCAAUAAGUUUAGUUUAGUCUGCAAAUCCAUAAUGUAAUUAGUGUCACAUGCAGUCGUUUAUGCAAUUAGGCAUUAGCCCGGUAUCUGCACUUCAUGGUUAAUAUAGGAGAUACAAACAUUUUUAGAAUGUUUUGAUUUUACAUUGUCACAUGACAAGAAGGCUACUAUAUAUAAUGAUAUCAAAUUAUAAUUGGGUCAGAAAAGAGAUAACUUGAGGUACUCACAGUUCCUUAGUCCAAACUUUAGUAGUGAGUGUAGUCCACCCAGAGAAACAAUGGAGUGGUGUUGGAGGAGGAUAAUGUGUCAAACCAUGUCAAAGCCAAAGACAAGUUGAGAGAACAAAGAGAGCUUUGUCAGAACUAUCUUAAAGUACACUUGCAAACACUCAGUAUUUCUGGAUAAUCAUCUGUACAGGCACCAUCCUUCCGCUGAACUGUCAGAAGCUGACAGUUGCUCUUUCCUGCUUUUUACUCUCUGUCUCCAAAAUCAUUUAAAUACAUUUAAUGUGAAUGAUUUAUUCAUAUUAAUUUUUUUUAUUCAUUUUUUGGAUGCGAGCAUUGCUGGAAAAGCCUGCAUUUAUUGCCCAUCUCUAAUCACUCUUGUGAAGGUGAUAUUGAACCACCUUGAACCAUUGCAAUUCUUCUGGUGAAGGUGCUCCCACAGUUUGAUUGGAUAGGCCAUUUCAGAAUUUAUGAUCAGUGAUAUUUUUUCAAGUCAGGAUGGUGUUCAACCUGCAGGUGAUGGUGUACCAUGCUCCUGCUAUCCUUAUCCUUCUUGAUGGUGGAGGUUAUGAGGUUGGGAGGUAUUGCUGGAAUAGGCAAGGUGAGUACUACUAAUGCAUUUUGCAGACUGUACAGUCUGCAGCAGCAUUGCACUGGCGGUGGAAGGAAUGAACGUUUAGAUUGGCACAUCAAUCAAUCAAAUGGGCCACUGAACUGAAUGGUGUCUAGCUUUUUGAGAAUUGUUGGCAUUGAACACUUCCAGGCAAGUGGAGAGAGAGCCCUGAUUUGUGCCAUUCAGUUGGUGGAAAAGGCCUUGGGUCAUCAUAAUUAAGUUUGUUCUUGAUUUGCAGAAGGACUAUUUUUUUAAAUUGUCCUGAGAAGAUUGUUUGGGUCACUUUAGAGUUAACUAACUGCUGUGAGACAGGAGUCAUAUGUGGGCCAGUCUUAAAAGAGUGACAAGUUCUUGUCUGAGUGAACCAGUUGAGUUUUAAAAUAGAGGAAGGGCAAAAGCUCCAUUUUAUUAUAUUUUUCUCCUUUAUAUUCCACAUCAAAAGGAAUGUAAAGUUGCUGAUCAUGAGUAAAUUUUGCAAUGUUAUAUGUUGCUAGAACUGUUAAACAAAUAUUUGUAAAUCAUUGACAAAGUAGAAAGUUUCACCAGUGUUGUUCAUCCAAAAAAAUGUGCACACUUUUAUCUAUGUAUAUUUUAAAGUAAAUAUUAAACUGCCAAAAUUAAUAUAGUGCAUAAAGUACUUAGUGUGGUGAGCUCUAAUGACUGGUUGUAAUUAAUUAAUUCGGGACAGAUUAGAGCCAAAUCUAGAAUAUUUGAGUGCCAACACCUUUGCCAUAAGGCACAAAAGCCAUCCACUGCCAGAGUUCUGCACUGAUGAUCUCAUGAUGAAGGACUGAAGACCUUUUGCUUUUCAAAUGUAUUACUGUAUGAUGAUAAAUGCUCCAAAUAUGUUAUCUUUACCAAUAAAUAA